AUGGCCGCGAGUUGCUCCGUUCUCACCUCGCGACCGGCGCUGACGACCGUCCCCUUCCCCCACGCGUCUCAGGUGAACAUUCCCAAGGCUAAGAAGAGCUUCUGCAAGAAGUGCAAGAAGCAUGCGCCCCACAAGGUGACGCAGUACAAGACGGGCAAGGCCUCGCUGUACGCGCAGGGUAAGAGGCGUUAUGACCGCAAGCAGAGCGGUUUCGGUGGUCAGACCAAGCCCGUGUUCCACAAGAAGGCCAAGACCACCAAGAAGAUUGUGCUCCGCCUCCAGUGCAACACCUGCAAGGCUGUGUGCAUGCACCCCAUCAAGCGCUGCAAGCACUUCGAGAUCGGUGGUGACAAGAAGGGCAAGGGCGGUCUUUACCAGUAAACGUCGCACUUAUUGCGCUUGCGUUCUAGUGGGGGUUUGACUUGAUGAGAGUUUCCGUUUGUCGGGAUGAUGAUUAGGAAGCUGCUUGUAAUACCUUGAGUCUUGGGGUAACUUU